AAGCGUUGAGUGAGGCGGGGAAGAGAUUUUGUCCUUCACUGUGGAAUUUUCUGAGUCAGAAGUAGGAAAGUUAAAAAGCGGUCUGUUAAUGGCGGGACUGUGAGACUAGAAACCGCUGAAAACGGGCUUUCUGGACAGUCCUGGUUCUUUGUACUAUGGCAAAUGUCAAGCAGAACAUUUUAUUCAGGACUGAAAACGCGUCUGGAGACAAAACAGGUGGAGAAUCUGUGAGUUUUGAAGAAGGUGGAAGUACAAAACGUCCUGGGAAGGUAAACGGAGUGACGGAGCAGCUCCAUCCCCGCGGGAAGACUCUCAAUGACUCAAUAGAAGGAGAUGUCAGAGCUUUUCUAGUAAACGAGGCUGAGCUCCACACCUACGAUGACCUGACCAAAGUCAACCCUGUAACUCCAACCACAGUGCUAAAAUGCCUGCAGGCACGUUACAGUGCCAGAGUGUUUUACACGCAUGCCGGCUGCACGCUAGUGGCACUGAACCCGUUCCAGCCCAUUCCUCACCUUUACUCACUGGACGUGAUGCACGAGUACCACUCAGCUUCCCAACCUCAGGACUUUAAGCCGCACAUCUUCAUCGUAGCCGAAGAGGCGUACAGGAACGUUCAGGGCCAAGUUGAACCCGUCGACCAAUCACUAGUGGUCUCAGGGGAGAGUGGAGCUGGGAAGACAUGGACUUCACGCUGCCUCAUGAAGUAUUACGCCACAGUGGCUACCUCGUCACAGAAGUGCCAGCACACGGUGGAGAGGAUCGAGAGGCGAGUGCUGGACUCGAACCCCAUCAUGGAAGCCUUUGGCAAUGCUUGCACUUUACGCAACAACAACAGCAGCCGCUUCGGAAAGUACAUCCAGCUCCAGCUGAACAGUUCUCAGUUGCUGGUAGGAGCCUCGGUGCAAACGUAUCUCCUAGAGAAGACCAGGGUGACCUUUCAAGCUCCUAACGAGAGGAAUUUCCACAUAUUUUACCAGAUGAUGAAGGGGGCCACAGAAGAACAGAGGAGAGAAUGGGAGAUGGCACAUGACCAUAAGUUUGCCUGGUUGCCAAAUGCAGAAAAAACCUUAGAAGAGGAUUGCUUCCAGGAUACUGUUGAAGCCAUGGUCAGCCUUGGCAUUGAUGCAGACAAGCGCGCACAGAUUUUCAGGAUCCUGGCAGGACUUCUGCAGCUGGGGAAUGUGAACUUCAGUCCUGUUCCUGAGUCUGAGCCCUGUGGCCUCGAUCAGCAGUCCAAAGGUUUCCUAGAGAAGACGGCAGCUCUGUUGCGUGUGUCAGCAGUCGAGCUGCAGGAGUGUGUGAGCGUACGGAUGCUGCGUGCAGGAAAGCAGAGUGCCCUGCUCAAGCCCUGUUCACCGAGCGAGUGUGUUGUGCGCAGAGACUGUCUCGCUAAAGUCAUCUACGGCCGACUGUUUGAUUGGUUGGUCGGCUUCAUCAACAGCAGCAUGUGCGCAGACGACUCCAAGUGGUGCAACUUCAUUGGGCUUUUGGAUGUGUAUGGCUUUGAGUGUUUCCUGCAGAACAGCCUAGAGCAGCUGUGCAUUAACUAUGCCAACGAGAAGCUGCAGCAGCACUUUGUAGCUCACUAUCUGAAGGCCCAACAGGAGGAAUACGUGUCCGAGGGACUGCAGUGGUCCUUCAUCCGCUACCAGGACAACCAGAGAUGCCUGGAGCUGAUUGAGGGAAAUCCCACCAGCAUCUUCUCUCUGCUUAACGAGGAGUGUCGUCUGAACAGAGCUUCCGAUGCUAAGCAGUUCCGGGAGCGUCUAGAGAAGGAGCUCUCGGACAACGGCAGUAUGAGCUGGGACAAGUUUAGCAAGCAACCCCAUUUCAUUGUGGCUCACUAUGCAGGCAAAGUUGGCUACCAGAUCGAGGGCAUGAUGGAGAAGAAUAAGGAUCCAGUCCCACCUGAACUCCUCAGCUUGCUACAAAAGUCGGAGGAUCCUCUGCUGCAGAGUCUCUUUGCAGACUCGGAUACUGAAGGAAACCCUCGUGGCCACAGCAAAGUCGUCACGGUCGUCUCCAAAUUCAAGAACUCCUUGGAGAAUUUGAUGAAGAUCCUGCACAGCACCACUCCUCAUUACACGCGCUGCAUUAAACCCAACCCCGACUGCAAGCCGCUUACCUUCAUGAAGGAAGAGGUGAUCACACAGCUGGAGGCAUGUGGAAUAGUGGAGACCAUCCACAUCAGUGCUGCAGGUUUCCCUAUCAGGGUUUCCUAUGACAACUUUAUCCAGCGUUACGGCUUGAUCGCCAAUACCAGACUGGCUCAAGGAGCUGAGAAUGGGGAUCAGAUCGCUCUAGGCACCGCUGUACAGGACAUUUUGAAUGCUGUCCUGAGGACCAAUUCUCCUGACCCUAACCCCACACCCAACGACAACGCAAUGGUGCAUUGUGGGAAGACCAAAGUGUUCUUGACACAUGUCAUGUUGGAGCUAUUGGAGGAGCAGAGGUACAGAGUGCGCUCUCAGAAGGCCUUCUCUAUCCAAUGCUGCUGGCGCAGGUACCAGUGCCGCCAGCGAGCCAUCAGGACAAAGUGCGCCACUUUCAUCCAAGCAGUGGUACGGGCCUGGCUGGUCAGGAGAGAGGUGAGGAGAUGGCGCAAAGCUGUUACGGUCAUCCAGAAUAAAUGGAGGUCUUGGAGGGCUUUGAUGGACUCCCUGGCUGAGGCGGAGUUGGACAACGCUGAGGACCUGCAAGAGGAAGAAGAUGCGCGCUCCUUGCUGAUUCAGAGAGGUUCUGUGCAGCUCUCCGGUUUCCCCAAUCCUGUUGCAGUCAGCAGCUGGCCUCUGGGCCUGGCUAUGACCUUCACUCCCAGCGUCACUGUGACACUGACCACCACAGGAUUCCACAAGGUCAUGUCCAUCAUGGCCACACUGAAGAUCCCCUUCAGGAACGGAGAGUACAAAGUGGAGACCAACCAAUUCAACCGUGGCGUGGCGUCCAUCCGGGCACAGCCGCAGGGCUCAGUGAAACUCCACAUGCAGAGAUCUCCUCUCCGCUACGCCGACAUGUACCCAGGAUCCCACACUGACGAAGUGACUGGGUUUAAUCAGAUUCUGCUGGAGAAAACAUGAGUGUCUGUGUAUCUGCAUCUCAAUCCACUCGAAUCGACCAAAGCAAGCAUCAACCAAAUCAAUGCACCUUUAAAAAUGCACAAGCAGGAAUAAAUGCCAGUGACAAUCAUAGCUGCCACAUCUAAUAUAAUUCAGGUCUCUGUUUUGCUGUAUAUAUUCCAUUUGGUUUACGUGUAUGUGCCUUUUGGUAAUUAGUCUACACACUACAGCUGGCUAUUUUAUAUGUAUUUAUUCAGAGAUUAUGCUUCCUGCAUGACGAAAUCAGGGUUUUAAAAUUUUUUUAUAAUCAAUUAUUUGGUUUUGAGAACACUAAUAUUUACUUGAUUAGAGAUUAUUCCUAGACAUAUUGCUUGAAAGAUAACAGGAAAGAGGUGUUUGCACUGGAGAUGUAAGUCUAUUUCAAAAUGGGGGGAAAAUAAAAAUCCAGUACUUGAUGGCAACAUUAGAAUCAAAGCAUAUCAGGAACCAGAUGUUUUAACUGAUCAACUAUUCUCUUAGUUCAUUGAAUACGUGAUCAAACCACAUUUUAUUUAGAGAAAUGAGGGAAACACGACAUUUAAUUGGCACGUUUCUGUACUGUUUAGUACUGUGUACUUGAUAUGUACCUUUCUGCUUUUAUUUAAGGCUUAUUGCACAGACUAUUAAAAACACUACUUUUAUAGGGAAGAGUAGCUUGCUUUCUACAUGUAUUUACUAUAUUUUAACUUGCUGGGGGUUUUCCCCCCAGGUCCCCAUGUUAGUAUAUUUUAUGAGUACAAUGUUCAUGUACUGUAUUGGAAAUGUGGUACAUUUUGAGUACUUGGCAUUGUGUGUUUCUAUCCUGUUUCUUAUCAAGACUUUAAAUAAGCUAAUAAAUAUGAUAUGGCAUG